AUGCUUUACUUGGCUGCAUCUGGAAUAACUGGCCAGCGCGAGAAGAGGAAUCAGCUACUUCAUCUGGGUGGACCGGAUCUGCAGGACAUUUUUGAUAACUUGCCAGGCGUCCACGACGUGCCACACGUUGCUCCAGAUCCACCGUUUUAUGACGUGGCUGUGCAGCAACUUGAUUCUCAUUUUCAACCUUGCAGACGACGAACGUAUGAGAGGCAUGUGUUCCGUCAGAUUUCCCAGCUUCCUGGAGAACGAUUCGGCGAUUUUGUUAUGAAACUUCGUGUCCAGGCGAGUAGGUCCGAUUUUGAUCAAGAAGGUAGUGCGGUGAUGGAAAGUAUGAUCAUUGACCAGAUCGCAGAAAAAUGCACGUCGUCGGCCCUUCGCAGGAAAAUCCUGGAGAAAGAUCGAGCACUUGAAGAAGUAGUAGCCAUUGGAAAAACCAUUGAGGAUGUUGAGCAGCAAUGCAAAGAGAUGGUUCAGCGAGAAACAGAUGAUAAACUGCCAACCAGCGUGAACAAGGUGAACCAACAGGGUCCACAUCGGUCGAAGGCUGCAUUCCAACCAUCAAACAACAGUUCGUUCCAGCCUCAACAGAAUUUUCGUCGGUCGAACUUCCGAGAUCAAUCGCGAUACCGAUUUGAAGCCAAAAGGACCUGGCCGUCUUCCGGAAAUCCUCCAGCUUUCGGAGCAGCUGGGGGGCGCCAACCGAACAACGAUAACAGGAUUUGUUUCGGCUGCGGGCGCCGAGGGCAUCUCAAAGGCAGCCUGUCAUGUAUUGCUCGCGACGCGCAGUGUCUCAAAUGCAAAACUACUGGACAUUUCGCCAAAUGGUGCACAAAGCGAACACACGAGGACUCUUCUCAAAAUCCAUCAUCUUUGAAGCGUAUCAAGACAGUGGUUGAAUCAGGCGAGAACUCUAAAAUGUACGGAAAUCAAGAUCAAUCUGGGCAGGAAGAAGAUAUUUGCUUCGUAAUGGGGGGAAAUGUUUUUCGUUUCAAAAUUGGAGGAGUUGAAGCGAUCAUGACCAUUGACUCUGGUGCAGCAGCGAAUAUCAUCGAUCUCAAAACGUGGAAAUUAUUACAGCAAAACGGAGCUAAAGUCGACUUUAAGAGACAGGUAGACCGGUCGUUCAAAGCCUAUGGUUCGGCGGCCCCAAUCAGCAUGGUGGGAAUGUUCGUUGCUGAAAUUGAAGCGAGUAACAACAAAGUUGAAGCUACAUUCUAUGUAGCUAAACACGGAUUGCAGAGUCUCUUGGGAGAUGAAACGGCCAAACAACUUAACGUCUUGAAAAUUGGAUACAAUGUUGGAUCGAUUCAGGAUGUUUCAGUGGCGUUUCCUAAGAUCAAAGGGGUUAUUGUGGAGAUCCCAGUCAACCCCGAUGUCAAGCCUGUGCAGCAAACAUACCGUUGGGCUCCAUUUGCGUUGGAGGACAACAUUGCGGAGAAGCUUCAGUAUCUACUAAACCAGGAUAUAAUCGAACGUGUGAAGCAGCCAUCGGCUUGGGUGUCUCCAAUAGUUCCGGUCGUUAAGGAUAACGGCGAGAUUCGCCUAUGCAUUGACAUGCGUAGGGCGAACCAAGCUGUCAUUAGGGAAACACACCCAUUACCAAUAGUUGAGGAGCUUUUUGGAGGAAUCAACGGUACAGUUCGGUUUUCCAAGCUGGACAUCAGAGAGGCGUACCACCAAGUCGAAAUUUCUGAACGAUCAAGAGAAAUUACAACUUUCAUCACCAAGCAAGGAUUGUUCAGGUAA